UUAUUCUCCUGGUCCAUACAUAUGAGACACUUGCCCGUAUACUACCUAUGCCCCAAGACCCACCGAAGACUACCACCAAGCAAUCGUCACAAUGAGAUCAAUACUUCUCAUGCUUCCCGUAUUGGCCUUGUGUGCUAGUGCACAAACUCUCCCGAAGUCUUCAGCCAGCUCCGAUUCUUGUCUUCGACGCGGAGCUCUUUGCGUGUCUAUCGCAGGCUCUAUAGGGACCUGCUGUCCGGGACUGGAAUGUGCCAUCGACCCUCACGUGUCAGAUACAGGAAUUUGCCGAUGAGCUCGGGUUGCUCAAGGUGUAUUCCGGUAUCAAGAUGGGAUGAUGGUUCUUGGCCGCGAUUGGCUCUAAUUAACUGUCAUACAUAAAUGAGUGAGAUGACAAGAUUCAAAAGGCUGAGCGGGGUGUAUGUAGUUUAGAAGCGAAACCAGGUAUGUCCUCGUAUGGGUGUCACUGGUGUUCAAGACACGAGUCUGCCAAAUCAAGUAACCCGUUUGUGUUACCCUAUUCGUAUUCAUGGUCCUGUGUAUGUUAUUGUGUUUGUGGGAGCAGAUCUCCACACCAAAUUUGAUCUUUGAUGUGAAAUUGUUGAACCAGGUCGGCUUGAACGCAGGGGAAAGAUAGCAACGGUUUGGCAGGUCUAUGGCAUAAAAAGCAUCUUCAAUACUAUAAAAUCAAAUGGGCACUUACUACCCAGUUGGGAUUGGAACCUAAAGAGUGCGAGCACUCCAUUAGUAAUAAAAUGACACUGAUGAUGGCAUGUCCACGACUACAUUGAGCCGUUGUUGGUCAGAAUCCAUUCUGAUAGCUGGAUAGAAUGCUGAUAUUGAAA